CAGGACUAAAAGCCCAAUACAAACUUGGUUCUGAGUCUUCAAACACCUGAGACUGAGAGAGGCUAUCAAAAAAGAAUUCAUGGAAGAAAAUACAGUGGAUUUGCUAAGCAGUUUACCAGAUGAAAUCCUCGGCCGGAUCAUUUCCUUUCUCCCUUCUGAAUCUGCACUACAAACAAGCUUCCUUUCGACUAGAUGGGCAAGCCUAUGGAACACAGUUUUAGUGCAGCAUGGAACUACAGAAGCUGCUGUCGCUGCAAUUUCUGAAUUCUUAACUCAUUUUGAUGAGCUUGAUCCAUUAAGGCAACCCCGGAGGCUUCAAUACCACUUUGGCAAAGGUAGUACUAGUAUCCUCUUAGCUACCAUUGCGGCUAAUAAUAAACUUCACAUGGAGUUAUCGACUGGCAAGCAAGAGUUUCAAAAGCAGUUUGAUUGGCAGUUGGGACUGAAUCACCAAAGCCUUACUGACCAGCCGAGUUCAUCUACCUUCUUUGUCAAAACCCUUUUUCUAAAAUCUGUAGGCUUUCAAUCCAAAGAGGCAGUGUCCUCUGUAGUUUCAAAUUUUCAGUUUCUUGAAAGCUUGAAGAUCAUUGAGUGCAAUGGAUUACAAACUUUAGAAAUUGACUCCAGUCCAAGGCUUAAAAGCUUAACCAUCUUUGAUUGUCCUCAACUGAAAUCUCUCUUCAUAAGGUCUUUGAAACUUAGAUCUUUCCGGUAUCGGGGUCUGCUCCCUUGGCUCUUGGCUGAAAAUCAUUUUAAUCUGAAAGAUGCAAUGCUGGAUUUCAGACAAGGGCCAGGCGACAGUAGCUUUGGCAGUUAUGAUUUUGACCCAAGUCUAUUAACCAUAAAGAAUGCUGAAAUUCUUACACUAUGCAAAUGGACUUUUGAGAAGUUGAUUUGGCCAUCCAUUUCCUAUUUACAUGGAAAUUUCCAGUUCUACAGAUUGAAAGAGUUAUGGUGGAUCGAUAAUUCCUCAGAAGGAUAUAACAGUGAUGCCUUAAUCUCAUUCCUAAAACUGUGUCCUGCCUUGGAACAACUUUUUGUUACUGUUGACACUAAGAGUUACUCCAUGCCGAUCACUACUACAUACUCAAAGAAAGUCGCUAGGCAUUCAAAGCUUGAACAUCUCAAAGUGGUCAAAUUGGUGGGAUUUACAAACGAAGAGGAUGAACUCUCAUUGGCAGAACAUUUGACUAAGUUAGCUGUGAAAGAGCCAUUAAUUAUAGCAACGGCAGAUGGGAUUUGCUUUCGGAGUUUAGUCAAGGUUCAUUUGUAUCAACCAAAGUUAAAUCAAACGCACGUGAAGUAUACACACAACUACAAGUUUGUCGAAGAAGAUGGAGAUAUUAAUGAGUUAUGCGUAAAUCAUGCCCACAUGGGGUUAUAAAUGUAACAAAGACAUAUACUGAUAUAAUAAUAUAAUAUUGACAGCACUGUAGCUUCUGUAGCUUA